AUGGGAAGGAAGGAGGACACUAUAGCUUUCCAUGUUGAUCCUUCAAUGGAUUUGGCACUACAGGCAAGUCGUACUCAGCUCCAUAAAUCUUCUUCUUAUCCCGAGCAUUUUGAGACUGUUAAUUGGCACUUCAUUGGCGUUCUGACUUUCUCUCAAGCUUUACUUAUCUCCCAACUCCAACCCAAAACAAAUACACGCCGUUCAGAGAUGCUGAAUUGGCCAAACAAAAUAUUCCCUUUAUGUGAAUGUUUUCUGCUCAUUGACCAUUCUGUGGAGUCAAGCUCGCAGUUCAAGAACGGGCUAGUUAAGCAUGCAUUUGCCGCUGCUGACAGUACGAAUGCAGUGAGGUCUUUGUUAGAGAAAAUGACCGAGUUGAUUAAAUACCUGAGCAUAUUGGAAAGGUGGGUCUAUGAAGGGACCAUUGAUGAUCCGUAUGGGGAUUUUUUUGCCAGUAUAGAGCUUGCGAGUCUCAUCAAGGAUAAGUUUCUGACUUUGGACUUGCGAAACUGCUUGGCGCUGAUAAGAGUUGCUUUCAGCUAUGUAGCUCCAGAGUAUGCGAAUUCCGGGCUUCUGAAUGAGAAAAGCGAUGUCUACAGCUUCGGCCCGGGGUUGUACUCUUGGAAGCCGAUGAGCUUCUCAGCAUGUGUAUCAGACAAUGUCCAAGACGUGUGUGGGUCUGAUGGGAAUUGGAAGUGUUGGUGGACAACAGAUUUCUCAAGGCUCACAACAGAAUCCUACAAGCAACAUCUCAAGUACAAUGGCACUUCUUGA